AUGGCUGCCAUUCCAGAGUCUCGUCCUGAGAUGGCCACCCGUUCAAAGCCUCUUCUCAUGAUGGCCACCAUUUCUGAGUUUUGUUCCACCUUGUCCGAUCAAGGCCACCAUUCCAGAGUCUCAUCCCAUAAUGGCCACCACUCCAAAGUUACAGGCCUGAAGAUGGCUGAAGUGCUCUCAGAGAAGCCCAGCUCUGACUUCCUCUUCUCUGUGUGCUUGAGGUUUCACUGUGUUUCCUCUCACAGUGAGAGAUGUUUGAAUGAUCACAGUAUAGAAGAUAUUCAUCUGGAUCACACGAUGAAGAUCAUCCAGCUUCUGAUCUAUCUGUUCAUGUGGUCUCAAGUCACAGAGAGUCUAACAAACACAGCAGUAACUUUAGGAGCUGAUGUGAUUAUAAGCUGUGAUCUUGAUAUAAAGGAGAUUUACUGGUUCAGACAGAAAUCACCGGAUCCUCCAGAGUUGAUCUUACGCACUUACAGUAGCAGAACUGGAGGAGCUGACUAUGAAAACAGCAUCUUCAAACUCAUAUACUCAGUGAAAACUAACAGUCGUCUGUUCAUCAGAAAUAUCAGCGCUGAUGAAUUAGGAGUUUAUUAUUGUGUGAAAACUAGUGAACCACAAAAAUUCAGCAACGGCACCAAAAUCUACAUCAGAGACCCAAAUGCUGCUCCAGAACAGGAGACACCAUGGAGAAACCUGACCAUCAUCACAUCUGUUCUGCUGAAUGUGCUUCUGAUCAUUGCAUUAAUAGGUUUGGUGAAGAGCAACACUGGUGCAAAUGGAAGAUGUAAAAAUGACUCAAAUAAUCUACAGUUCGUCAUCCAGCUCUACUGCUUCGUGCCUUGUUCCCGGUUUCUGUCUACAGUGGAUUACAGCCUCACCUUGGAUCUUUCACCACCAUCACCACUACCAGUGCACUCAAGACACCAACUCACCUGUCUGUGCUGCCAUUGA